AUGGAAAGAGUAAGUUGUUCUUCGCGUAUUAUUGUUGGUGUUCUCUUCGGAUUCCGUGCGAACGUUGUGCCUGGUCCUUCCAGGGCAGAGGUGUUAGAGGAAGAGGAGGGUGUGGAGGAGGAUGUGGGGGUUUUGGAGGUGUUGAGCUCCGGGGGCUCCGUGGCGGAGGGGUUGAUUGGAGAGGAGUUGACGGGAGAGGAGCUGGCUGGAGAGCCAAUGGAGGAGGUUGUGAAGGCGCCGGUGGCCGCAGUGCCAUUGGCGUCUGUGGAGCAGGGGGAGCGGGUGCCCCGGACGGUGGAGGAGUGGGGGGAGAAGAUGGGGGGGAAUGCCUUCGUUAACCGGAUGUGCCGGAGAAUGGGUAGGUUGAUGGGGGAGGGGAGGAGUGAGGAGGCCAAUGUACUGUGA